AUGGUCGUUUCGGUCCUGAUGCACUGGCUGAUCUCACAGAGCUUCUUCGUCGUCCAGAUCGUCCAGAUCCAGACCUGGCUAGCUCGGCCGGACCAGAACCCAAAUGGCGAUGUAGCGGACCUCACGACGACCACGGCCGGGUUCUCGCCCAUGGCCAUGUUUCUGACGGCAUUUGUCGUGCUGGCAGUCUUUUCCACGACGGUCGGCUUGGGCAGGUUCAAACUGGAGGGUGGCAUCCCCAUAGCCGGGAGUUACAGCGCAGCCAUUGCCGCAGCUUGCCAUGCGCCCGAGGGGACGUCGAACCAGAGGCCCGUGAAAUGGGGCGUCGUCGUCCCGGCAGAGUCUGCGCCUGGUGGCGGCGUUGGACACUGCUCAUUCUCCAACGAUCCAGUGCAGCUACCCGAGCCAGGCGGUCGAUAUGCUUGA